UAUCCUUAUCUCUAACAUCAAAUGCUUAUAAAUUUCAAAUGUUUUAUACAUCAAAACCUCAAAAACUCCCACCUAACAUACUUCAAAUAAACCAUCCUUAAACCAUAUGCCCAUACAAAAUCCAUAAUCAUUGAAUUAAAAAAAAAACAAACAUAAAAUAAUUGCCACAACCAAAAGAAUCACAUGAAAUUUCCACUUCAAUUGAAUCAAGUGGAGAUGUGAUUAAGACAAUAAUUUCUCUCUCUUGAAUUGAUGGGAAAGUAUUAACUACCCCACCAUUCAAUCCACAUGCCCAUACAAAAUCCAUUUACAAAUCCAGCUAAAACUUAUGGUCAUUUCUAUUAAAAUCUCAUUUUUGGGUCCCACAUAACUCCCCUUAAACUUGACUGGCUUGUAGUUUUAAACGUUGCCAUUUCUUCCUCCAUCACAUUACUUCUUUUUGGCAUUUUUCCAACAGUUUAUUAUGUAUACAAAUAUGCAUCUAAUCCACUAAAACUUCAAUAUUUCAAUCCAUUUUUUUUAGCUUAAAGUUCCAUUUUAUCCAUUAAUUUCAUGUACAACAUGUUUUCAAAGCUUGCUUUAUCCUCUCAACCUUCCUUCUGCAAAUAUUACUCAACAUGUACCGAACCAUGCCGUGGAAGAACCCGUCGCGACAUGAUCUGUAGAAUGGAAAUGCAGGCAACACCCUCUCUAGGAGUAGAAGAAGGUGUAACGAGGCGAACACAAUCGCCUUGUUUCGAUACAACGAUGGAGAAAUCAGACCUUAAAUUUACGAAAUUGCAGCAAUUAGAUACAGAGAUUAACCAAGAAAGCAGAAGUUUUGGGAUGUUUGUGGCUAGAGAAGCAGAGCUUAAUGAAGAAUAUUGGACAGCAGCCUGGCUUCGUGCCGAAAGUCACUGGGAGGAUCGACCAAAUGAAAGAUAUGCUGAGAGCUACAAAAGGAAAUUCGCAGACCAGGAAUACAAUGCUCUAAAAAGAAGAUGCAGGGGAUACCAAGGCCAACAGUCUACAUGUAUUAUCGCGGUUAAAAGGGAAGCUAAUAACGUUAAACAUACCAUACUCAAAAGUGUGGUAGGAACUUUGGAUUUGAGUAUUCGAUACUUGCUGCAAGGAGAAUCAUUUCCUGGGGAAAGAGUUCAGGCACCUUUAUUCUGCAGCAUUGAGAAGAAGGAAGCAAGCAGAUACGGUUAUGUUGCAAACUUAUGCGUUGCAAAAUCAGCUCGGCGCAAGGGCAUUGCCCUCAACAUGUUGAAGUUUGCAAUAAAAUCUGCAAAAUCAAAGGGUGCAGAUACGAUAUUUGUUCAUGUUCAUAGAAAGAACACACCAGCUCGGCAACUGUAUCAGAGAUUGGGUUUUGAGAUUGUAGAAGUAGCAAGCCAGCAAUUAGUAGAGGAACAGAUGUACCUGCUUAGCUGCAAGACAUAACCCAAAAUCGGACAUAUUCCCCUGCUUACAUAUUAUUUCCUACAUUCAUUCUACAGAUUAUUUCUUACACCCGAGCAUACCAAGAACCGUGCUCCCAGUAAGGCGCGUGCACAUAUACUGCAAUCAUAUGUAAAUUUUAUUGCAACAAAUUACUGCGUCUGUUGCAUUAUGCAAAAUGCUGUUCAAUUGCAGUAGCCUCAUAUAAAAUCUCCAUUGCAAAAAUUAUAACAUGAUAUAUUGAAUUUAUGCUCUCCAAGGAUGGUCAAGGCUAUUAUUGUGUAUAAAUGUGGAUACAUGUAAUAUGUGCUCCGAACGAACCAUCAA